GCAGAAUACUGGUUGGCAACCCGUACCAAGUGUGAUUUUAGUUGUAGAAUUUUCGAGGCAACCCGUCCCAAGUGGGAUAUUUUUGCGUGUGUAUUAGUGAAAAUCUUAGGAUUGGCUACUUGUAGAUUUAUACAAUGGUAGCUUACUCAUGUUCAUUGUAGGCUUAUACAAUGCUCAUGUUUUAGUAGUAGUAUUAGAAUAUUUUGUAUUUUGAGCCUAAUAUUUUCUAUCACUACUGAUUAAAAAAGUUCAAUUGCACUUUUUAUUAAAAAUAUCUGGUUGGCAGUGCUGCAUCGUCAAUAAAACAGAUAAUUGAUGUGACGAUAUCAUCCUUGGUUUUGAACCACAUUGGUUUUUAUUCGAAUUUGGUGUUAUUUAACAGUUAGAUUAAUUUAAAAAGGGUUGACAUAUAUAAAUUGUAUUGGAUAUGAAUGAUAUAGACUUGGGUUUUGCGGAGCAGCGCGAGAGCGCAUGGUUGACGAACCGCUACUUUCCUAGCAAAGUAGGUGGGAAACCAGCGUGGUUGGAGCUGGAAAAAUUGCCAAGUAACAAAGAGCUAUUGUGCGAAAAAUGUCAACAAUCUAAAGCAUUUCUAUGCCAGAUUUAUGCACCAUUUGAAGAUGAGUAUAAUUUUCAUCGAACUAUUUACGUCUUUGUGUGCCGAACGCCCGAUUGUCAGGAGAUAAAUUCAGCAAAGUAUUUGAGUGUUUAUAGAAGUCAACUGCCAAGGAAAACUUCUUUUUACUCGGAAGAACCACCAAUAGAAGAAGGAAAGCCAUUGCCAGAAAUUAACACAGCAAAGAAAUUCUGUUUUGCUUGUGGUUGCUUGGGGUCUUUAACAUGUGGGCGUUGCCGGAAAAUAAAUUACUGUUCUGCAACCCAUCAACGUGCUCACUGGCAAGAGCACAAAAAAGUUUGUACGACUGAAAGCAAUAGUGAGUGUGAAAAUGUCAAUGUGCUGUUGCCUAAUAUAAGAUUUCCGGAAUGGGAAAUUGUUGUUGAAGCGAAUAAUCCAGAUGAGGAAUAUAAUACAAAGGACGAUGAAAGCGUAGAAAUGUCACGCUGGAAGGAAUAUCAGGAUUUAUUGGCAACUGGAAACACAGGUACACUGAAGGACGUACCAGAUACUGAACUGGAUAAAUAUAUUACCGAAUCUGAAGCAGCUGAUGACAAAUUUUUUAGGAAGUUCAAAAAAGAAGUGAGCAGAGACCCAGAUCAAAUUUUGAGAUAUAAACGGGGAGGACACCCUCUUUGGAUAGCAAAUGUUAAACAAACUUUUGGCCAAAAUCCUCAAAUUCCCGAUUGUGAGCUAUGUGGUAGUGUGCGUCAGUUCGAGUUUCAGAUAAUGCCACAGAUGCUUAAUUUGCUGAAGGAUCACCAUCUUGAUUGGGGAGUAUUGGCUGUAUAUACAUGUGCAAAAAGUUGCAACAUACCAGCUGACAUAGGAUAUGUUGCCGAAUAUAUUAUAAAGCAGGAUAUAAUUGAAAAUAAAACAUAAAGUUAUAAUGUUCUGAUAUAUAGUUUUUCGUAUUGAAUAAUGCGCCAGAUCAGCAGGCAUUUUAAGCGACUUAUAAAUUUUGUUAAUUCAACUUAAUAAUAGGAAAAUGGCGGUGUUUUGAAAAGUCAAACUCAGGUUGCGUUUUAGAGUCUUUCUGAUGGCCUUUUGCUAAAACAUUCAUGACAACAGAAUUUACCUUUGCGAUGUGAAGCAUAUCCAAAAUCUAUUAAAUAAA